AUGCCCGGAGGUGUUUGCGCCGUUCUCGACUACGAGGUCGAGUUGAUGGCCGAUUAUGUUUCUGAAAUGGCUACUCGAAUUGUCAUGCCGCAAAACGCCGUCAACACCGCCUUCAGGAAGUUUGUGUCACAGAUUCUCACUUCCACUCGGCUCCCCAGCACUACCAUCCUUCUCGGCAUGAACUACCUUGCCAAGCGCGUCAACAUGAUGAAGGCUAACGGCCAGACCACCCAUUCCGAAGGUCAAAUCUGGCGCAUGUUGACCAUCUCACUUUUGCUUGGAAGCAAGUUUCUGGACGAUAACACUUUUCAGAACAAGUCCUGGUCCGAAGUGAGCGGGAUUCCCGUCAAGGAGCUCAACACUCUGGAAUAUGAGUGGCUCGGUGUGAUUGGCUGGCGGCUGUAUGUCAACCUCGAUGAGAGUGAGGAUUACAAUGCCUGGCUGGCAAACUGGAAGGAAUGGUUGGAGGCGAAGAAGUUGCAACAAGCUCAGGCCAACCGCGAACGCUUGGCCUCCCUUGUGCCUCCUAUCAAGACCGACAUUUCCCGAUCUCGGUUCUCCUCGGCUUGGGAGCAGAAGCAGAUUGCCGAGUAUGAGAAGCUAUCGAGCAUCAAGCGCAGCCAAACCACUCACGUUGCUUAUUCUCGCCACGAGCAGUCCGUGUGGGGUCAUUGGUCGCAGCAACAGGCGCCGUUGACGCCUCCCGACUCUGGAUACGGAACGCCCGAGUAUGUCAACUCGGCGACAUCGGUCAAUUCCCACUACAACGAGUGGUUCGAUAGUGCGGUUAGGGACCAUUGCCAGGCCUCUCGGCAAUACCAGCAGCCUGCGUCAUAUAACUCGUUCUAUCGCGGCCUGUCCAAUCGUCACCAGAACAGCACUUCGGGGUACUGGAACUACACCCACAAUGUUUGGGAGCAUUCCCUUUCCGGUGAUUGCAACUGCGCUACUUGUGCUGCUACGGACAACUCGCCUCCAUACUUCAUGGGUCACACCUACGGACAGCCGGUUGUUGGCUAA